AUCUAACCCUGAUUCGUUCCCCUAAACCCCCGACCAGCCAAGACACAGCAAUCAGAGCAUGGACGGCGGCGGCGUGCGGCCAUCGCUUCCGUCCGCGGCGGCGGCGAGAGGAGCCUCCGGCCCGGACGAGCCUCGCGACGCGCGCGUGGUGCGGGAGCUCCUCCGGUCGAUGGGGCUCGGCGAGGGCGAGUACGAGCCGCGCGUCGUGCACCAGUUCCUCGACCUGGCCUACCGCUACGUCGGGGACGUGCUCGGCGACGCCCAGGUCUACGCCGACCACGCGGCCAAGCCCCAGCUCGACGCCGACGACGUCCGCCUCGCCAUCCAGGCCAAGGUCAACUUCUCCUUCUCCCAGCCGCCGCCCCGCGAGGUUCUACUUGAGUUGGCACGCAGCCGGAACAAAAUCCCGCUGCCCAAGUCUAUUGCUCCACCUGGCUCGAUUCCUCUGCCACCCGAACAGGACACAUUGUUGAGCGAAAACUACCAACUCCUACCUGCAUUGAAGCCGCCAACUCAGAUCGAGGAAGCGGAAGAUGACAACGAGGGGACCAACGCAAGCCCUGGCAAUCCUAGUCCAAGCUAUCCGCAGGAUCAGAGGGGCAGCGAGCAACAUCAGCCUCAGAGCCAGAGCCAGAGGGUUUCUUUCCAACUGAAUGCGGUGGCUGCUGCGGCUGCAAAGCGUCCUCUGGUGACAAUUGAUCAGUUGAACAUGGGCUAACUGAUUGUAGAUCGCUGGCAGGCUCCUAGUGCUUGUUCCCGCGAGCCUGCUUGCUGAUGCUUGUGUAGCUGCUGGGAUCGCCCUUUCUGGCUAGCGCCCUCCUGUUUCAGCAUGAAAAAUGCUGAUUGUUGAGGAAAGGGAGCAGCCUUGCAAGUAGCAUGAAAAAAGUUGUAGCCGUGCACCUCGGAUUAAUUAAUUCUUGUCCAUUAUUGUCAGCUUAUUGAUUUUGUAGAUGUCGUCAAACUUGAACUGUGCCGUUGUUGUUUCUGAAUGCUAAAUCGGUGUUCCUAUUA